AGAAGCGGCUGGCCCCCCCCGCGCCUCAGCUGAAGCAACUGCCAGCCAUACCUCUGCAGAAGCGGCCUGUGCCUCAGCUGAAGCAACUGCCAACCAUGUCUCUGCAGAAGCGACUGGCCCCCGCGCCUCAGCUGAAGCAACUGCCAACCAAGUCUCUGCAGAAGCGCCUGGCGCCUCAGCUGAAGCAACUGCCAGCCAUACCUCUGCAGAAGCGACCCGUGCCUCAGCUGAAGCAACUGCCAACCAUGUCUCUGCAGAAGCGACUGGCCCCCACGCCUCAGCUGAAGCAACUGCCAACCAUACCUCUGCAGAAGCGGCCGCCAGCCCCCGCUUCCCUGCAGAAGCGGCCGCCGGCCUUGAACAGACUGCUCAACCCCUCAACAAGCUAGAUAGGGAGAUCAUAAUUUGGUUUGCCCAACUCCUUAAUCGUCUUUCCCCUGUUACUUUGCCUCCAUUUGAAGAAAAAGGCAAAGGUAACUGAGGUGAGGAAUUGUGCAAACUAAUGCGCUUGUUUGAAAUGAGGUUCUCCUUCACUUGCGCAUCAUCAUGCAAAUUGUUUACAGGGGUGAACACUACAAUGGUAUGAAUUGUUUUCAAAACCAUACGACUAAAAUGUACAUCUGAUUUGGCCACCAUUACUGACACUUAGGUUGUACUGGUAUGAUUUUGAUUUGGCCUGGUGUUCCUGCUACUCUUGCAUGAUUUGUUCAAUAAACAAUUUGACUUCCAAAA